UCACACCAUGUCAACGCUAGUGCCCCGAAUGCUACAGUAAACUACAGUGCAACAUGUGGCACUUACGAGCAGCUCGAGUACUGGCCAAACAACUUUGAUGACUUUGCGGCAGCUCUGGUUCUUUUGUACAAUAUCAUGGUGGUGAACAACUGGCAGGCCUUCAUGGAUGCCUAUGCCAGGUACUCAACCCCGUGGUCGAAGCUGUACUUUGUGGCCUGGUGGUUAACCUCCUCGGUCAUGUGGGUCAACCUGUUUGUUGCUUUAAUUCUGGAGAACUUCAUCCACAAGUGGGAUAGAAGCCAUCACUGUUCCAUCUCCGAUGAAGAUCAAGCAGAGUGUCAGUUGACGGUGCAGUCAAUGUUCAGUAAGUUUUUAAAGGAACCAACAGAAGAGGAACUUCUUUCAAUACUGGAGCAGCACCCUCACUUGAACAUCAAGCACUGAUCACAGUAACACCGAGAGAGUUCAGCAGUGUCCCAAACUGGGUCUCUCUCAGUAUUGCUGAUGAUUUUUAUUGAUUUUGAGUGGCUUUUGUUUUGACUGUGUUUUUUUUAUUUUA